AUGCUCUCCCGCGCCGCCACCCGCUCCGCCUCCCAGGUCGCCCGCCGAGGCUUCCACACCACCCGCCCUCGCAUGUCCUCCCCCUACCACUACCCCGAGGGCCCCUACUCCAACCUGCCCUUCAACCCGCGCAGCAAGUGGUUCGGCGCCGGCUACUGGUCCUUCAUGGCCACUGGCUUCUUCCUUCCCUUUGGCAUUGCCGUCUACCAAACCUACAAGUCUACGUAA